ACAACCGCUACUCACUGGUACCCCAGUCGACUGCUGUAUAGCCCACAAUGGUAUCUACAUUCGCCGAGAGGCCCUUCAAGAAACUGGUCCUCUUUGAUGUCGACGACACGCUAACUCCGGCGAGACAAAACGUGUCGCUCGAGAUAACUCAAAUUCUGCGAGCGUUGCGCAAGAAGGUUGUCAUCGGCGUCGUUGGCGGCUCCGAUUUCGUCAAGAUCUCCGGGCAGCUUGCGGUCACCGGGUCGAGCGUGGUCGAGGACUUCGAUUAUGUGUUUGCUGAGAACGGCUUGACUGCGUACAAAAACGCGCAGCCGCUACCAUCCCAGUCCUUCAUCAAGUUUAUUGGAGAAGAGCGAUACAAGAAACUGGCCAACUUCAUCCUCCAUUACAUCGCGGACAUGGAUAUUCCUAUCAAGAGGGGUACGUUCAUCGAGUUCCGUAACAGCAUGAUCAACGUCAGUCCCAUUGGGCGAAACGCAACGGUACAAGAACGCAACGAAUUCGAAGCCUAUGACAAGCAACACGGUCUACGGGUAGCUUUCAUCAAGGUCCUCCGCGAGAAGUUUCCCGACUACGGUCUGACGUUCUCUAUCGGGGGGCAAAUUUCAUUCGAUAUCUUCCCGAACGGCUGGGACAAGACGUACUGCCUACGACACGUAGAAGACGAGCAAUUUGAGGAAAUCCACUUCUUCGGCGACAAAACAUACAAGGGAGGGAACGACUAUGAGAUAUACACCGAUCCACGGACGAUAGGGCACUCUGUUUCGAGCCCCGCAGACACGGCGCGGCUUCUCAAGGAGCUGUUCCUACCAGAGCUGAAGUAACACGCCAUGUUCUAGCUGCGAUUAUCUCUGCACCCACGAAUUCUGUGCAUUCACGUGAUGAUUUGGGAAGCAAUCGGGCAUCACUGUAGUUCUUUUCUUGGGCCGGAUUUUAUAGCUUCUCAUUCAAUUGCAUAAAGAGAAGCUCUUAUCAUUG